AAAAAAUCAGCCUCAUUGAUCGCUUAGGCAAAUCUGGGCUUAAGGCAAUUGAAGUCGGAAGUUUCGUCUCUCCCAAAUGGGUUCCCCAGAUGGCCGGCACCUCAGAUGUGCUUGCUGGUAUUAAGGCUCUUCCAGGCGUUAGUUACCCAGUUCUCGUGCCCAAUGAAAAGGGCCUAGCCACUCUGUUGAAUCUACUUGAGACGUCCCCAUCAUUGACAAACGAGAUAGCCAUAUUUGUUGCUGCCUCGGAGUCGUUCUCCAAAGCCAACAUCAACUGUUCUAUUGCUGAGUCUCUUAAUCGUCUUUAUCCUGUUGUAGAGGCGGCUCGGAACAAGGGCAUCCGGGUUCGCGGUUAUAUCAGCACUGUGAUUGUGUGUCCUUAUGAAGGGCCUGUCGCUCCGAGCACUGUCAGGGAUAUCUCAAAGGCCUUAAUUGACAUGGGUUGUUACGAGGUCUCACUUGGAGACACAACUGGGCGCGGUACCCCGGCAUCAAUGACAUCGAUGUUAGAAUCAGUCCUGUCCGUCAUUCCUCCUGAAAAGCUAGCAAAUCAUGACACAUUUGGCCUCGGAGUGGCGAAUGCCCUGACGGCUCUGGAGGCAGGGAUACGCACAAUCGACAGUUCAGUUGCUGGGCUAGGAGGAUGCCCAUACUCACCCGGCGCCACUGGCAAUGUCGCCACUGAACCUCUAGGACAUCGUUUACACCCUGCAUGGCAUAGGAUAUGAGACAGGUGUCGAUUUGGCCAUGCUUGUGCAGACAGGGGAGUGGAUCUCAAAUCUCCUGGGCCGGAGGAAUGAAAGCAGGGCAGGACGCGCUCUGGCCGCACAAGUUGAACGUGAGGGAAUGAACCGUGAAUGAUAAAUGAUCCUCGUCUUAGAUGUUAUAUGCCAGUUACAUUUACGGCUUGUUUAAGAACAUUCCGGGAGGAGUGAAAUUUUAUUUCACGUUCAUGUACAUGUGGCUAAACCACUCAUCUACACGAGAACAAUGAGCCCCACUGUGCUGCACUUGCGAAGACACUUCCAGCAU